AUUUCCAUUAACUGGCGCCACUAAAUUAUUUUUAACUAAAAGUAUGCAGAAUAGACUGACAAUAAGCGACAUUGUAUCACAGUCUUUCUGCGAUUCUGAAAAACUUCUCUCAACUGCCAUAACGGAUCUUCGGACAAUGCAUUAUACUUUUAUUUAGGCACCAAAUUUGAACAGGAUACAAGGUGGUAAACUUUCCGCUUUGUUACUCAACCGCUAAGAUACGGAGUAGCUGUUGUGACACUUAUGAAGUGGAUUUAAAAUUAUGCAGCUCGAAGUGAAACAACCACGACAAACCUCUAACCAUGAUAUUCUUGAAACAUUGUUUAUUACUUGCCUGUGCCGCCGUUACUACAACUAUUGAAUUUGACAAUCAAAUGGAUCUUGGUCUAAAUCGAGUGCGUGGUCUCAGUGAACUCCCACUAACUAAAUUAAUUCAAAUAAAGUUGAGCUUAGCAGAAGAUAUCGCUUUAGAUAACAUCACUAGUGGAGAUGAUUUGGAAGGAAGAGCUGCUCUUGCUUUGCCUAUGGUCUCUUCAUUGAAAGGAAUCGAUAACAAAUCAAUACGACGACAUGGUGGUUGGGAAGAAAAGGGCAAAGAUUCAAAAAUAUCAAAAAUAUUCCAAUUGGUGAAAGUGUGGUUUCAAAAUAGACGUAUGAAGUGGCGUCAUACCAGAGAGCACGGACAUCUAUUGAAUUCGGAAUAUAAAUCAACAGAUCAGGAUAUACCGAAGAAAAUGUUAAAACAUGACUCAAAAAAAUGUUCAGAGACGCUGCAAUCAUGUGGAGAUGACGAGGACAUUGAGAUUGAAGUAGAACUCUGA